ACAUUCAAAAACCACAGCACACCAAACGCUCUAACACAAAGUCAACAAUGGCGUAUCUAAAUUGUUAACGUGAAAAUUCCCUAUUUAAAGGAAAUUGUGAUCAAUUCAACCAAUAGUAGUGCUGAAAUUUUCCCAGGAGAUAUCGGAGAAGGCUGGAAAUGGAGGUCAAACGAAGGGCGGUGAAGAACCUCGUUACGAAGCUGAGUUCCGUCUCGGAGCAGACACGUACAGAAGCAAUUUGCGAGCUAAGAUUGAUCUCAAAGAACGAUUCCGACAGCAGACCGUUGAUCGGCGAUGCCGGCGCUGUUCCGUAUUUGGCGGAAUCGCUCUACUCGUCGAACAAAUUGUCUCAGGAGAACGCAACCGCCACGUUGCAUAACCUCUCGAUUUCUUCCAAGGACUUGCUGAUGUCCACGCGCGGGGUCCUCGACGCACUCUCUCACGCUCUCCGGAAUCCUUCUUCCCCUUUUGUCGCCCAGUGCGCCGCCGCCACCAUCUUCAGCUUAUUGACGGUCGAGUCUUAUCGGUCCAUCAUCGGCCACAAGCGCGAUAUUCUCUUCGGGCUUGUAGAUGUCAUUAAAAGCCCUAAUUCGGAUUCUAGAACUGUAAAAGAUGCGCUCAAAGCCCUUUUUGGUAUUGGGCUUUACCCGCUGAAUCGUGCUCAAAUUAUCGAGCUGGGGGCUGUACCCGCUUUAUUUUCGUUGCUGUGUAAUGACGGUAGAGCUGGGAUAUUGGAGGAUGUUACAGCUGUCAUUGCUCAAAUUGCAGGGUGUGAGGAGAGCUGGGAGGCAUUUAGGAAGGUAUCAGGGGUGGGGGUACUGGUCGAUUUGUUGGAUAAUUCGACUGGAUCAAGCAGUCGAACUAAAGAGAACGCGGUUUCAGCGUUACUGAAUUUGGUGCAAUGUGGUGGAGAAGAGAUUGCCGAUAGUAUUCGUGGCGUAGUUUUAGGGGCAGUGGAUGGCAUUAUUGAAGUGGCGGAAAAUGGAACGGAUAAGGGCAGGAACAAAGCAAUGGCGUUGUUGAAGAUACUUGAUGCGAGUUCCUGUAUGUUUCAAGAGGAGCAGAUGGGCUGCUUAUCAAAUUCAAACCAUUCAUUAUGAGUAUGUAAAAUAUAUCUCUUUGGCUAUGUUUGUAUAGAUACCUUUCUUUUAGAUUUCGUGUUUGUACUCUUUGUGGUAUUAUAACAGUGAAUGGGGAGUGAAAAUGCAUUAAUGUGAUUGGAAGAAUUAGUUUGGAUUGAGUACUAACAGAAACAAAUGCAAUACCAGUUGAUUUGAAUUUUC